AUGGAAGCAGCCGAUCCGAGAAUGGGAAGUUUGUUCGCUGAAGAAGAGAUGAGAAGUGUUUUGCUAUUAGGACUCGCUUGUUGCCACCCGAAUCCAAACCAAAGACCGUCCAUGAAAACGGUUUUAAAGGUCUUGACGGGUGAGUCUAGCCCACCUGAUGUGCCUACAGAGAGACCGGCUUUCGUAUGGCCAGCGAUGCCUACAUCGUUUAGUGACAUUGACUACUCUCUUACAGGGAGUCAGAUCAACUCACUCACCGAGCUAACUGGACGGUGA